AUGGAAAUGGACGAAAGCAUACCAUAUCCCGAAAAUAUCAAACCUCAAGUCUACAAGAAUACACUAACACCCAGAAGGAUUCAGAACGCACAAAGAGAAGACCCCAAGCUAUCACAAAUUUUAGAAAUAUUGGAGGAAGGACCGUCUGAACCGCCCAACUACCUGCGACAGUACACACGAUACCGUGGAUUCCUAUUUCACCGCACCACACCACAAGUGAGAUAUGCUGCCGCACCUUAUGAGUAUUUAGCUGAGGAGUUCUAUUUGGGAAUGAAUGCAGAUAUACAUAAUAAAAAUGCCCAUAGAUACCAAUUAAUAGCUCGAAGUGAAAUCAAUUUGAAAGAUAUUAUUGAUGCUUAUAAAAGCCGGUUUGGAAAAGAACCGCAGGAAUCAAUAACGAACAUAUGGACUCAAGGCGAAUACAGCGAUUUAUUUCUGGCGGUUCUCAAUGGAAAUCCUUGAAACAAGUAGUAUCCUUUCUGUCUAUCAUUAUAUUAUACUUACAGUUUUCCAAUUUUGAUUCGACAAGAAAUAAUGUUUUGUAUAUUGAAUGCCAUGGGUCCUAUUGUGUUUUGGGUUUUGUCACUAUUUUGUUCCAACUUUUAAGAAUAAAGUUCCAGUCGGAUUUGGAAUGAAUCA